CCCAGUUUGCCAUCCCUCUGAUUCUGGGCCCGCCAACUCUAUCCAGGGUCGUUAGGCUCGAAGGGUCGUCGGCCGGGAACCUUCCCCCGUCACACUCUCUCUCAUCAGAUUUCUUGUCGUCGUCGUCCACCUAUUACGCAAUCGAACAUCAACAACACCAACACCACCACCCACCACCUCACUCCGUUCCACCAACGCCUCCUCUCGUUCCCCUCCCUUCCGCACCACCACCUCCACCACCUGGACCACGUCCAUCACUAUACGAUGCGUCUCUGAACGGCCCCUCCGCCGCCCGCACGAGCUGCCGCACACCGCACGUUGACGACGACACCAUGGCGCCCGCGGGCCCAGACUCGAGACGCCUGGCAGCCUUCCACCAGGUGCUGGCGCGGUUGCAGGAGCUGCCCAACUACACGUGGGAUCUCGACGUCGACCCCAUUCAUUCUUCCUACGACAACUGGCAUUUUUUCGGCUACAAGCGCUCUCCCGCCUCUCAUUCCACUUCCCGUGAACGUCCUGCCUCCCGCGGACGCGCCUCCGCUCCGUCCAUCCCAUCGGCACAGUCCACCCCGUCUUCCGGUCGCCCUUCGCUCACCCGAAGUCACAAAUCCUCGGGCAGCGAGAUAAGCAGUGGCAGCCUUCCCGGACCCCCUCACCCUCCACAGCAAGAAAAAAAGGUCGUCUGUCGCGUCUCCACCCACGCUCUGCGCUUGGAGCGAGAGUACCAGCUGUCAAAGCAUAUCGUUGCUCGCUCUGAUCCCGAAUGCAAGCACUUCGCCCGCCCUGUCGAGUUCAUCAAACUGCCGCCGAAGCCGGGCAACACCCAACCCCUUGUUGCAAGCAUAUUCGAAGCCUCCUGGUAUAACCGCCUCCGGGAUGUAGUCUCUUUCGGGCCCAGCGCCUUCAAGGUCACGAAAAAGCAUGGCGCUUGGGAGAUCGUGCCCUUGGAACCUCAAGGCGGCGCCCACCUGCUGACCUUCCUCGACUUCGCCAUAGGUGCGACCCAGUGCUUGGAGAUCCUACACCACGGCCACGAGGUCAUCAACGGAGAGCUUCGCGGAGACGCAUUCCAUUUCGAAGAGAAUGGAAAGGUAUCCAUGAUCAACUUUGGAGCUGGUGCGCGCUCCUUUGAGAAUGGCCUAACGUCGGCGGGAUGGAGUGCCAUCUCGCAAGAGGUCGGUAUAGAGCUCAAACUUGCGUACAUCGCCCCUGAGCAAACCGGUCGUCUGCCUGCCGAACCCGAUAGCCGUACCGACAUUUAUAGCCUGGGCAUUCUGUUUUAUGCCAUUCUGUGUGGCAGCACUCCUUUCGACGGACCCACCCCUCUGGACGUGAUGCAGAACGUGCUCGCCAAGCGAAUCCCUCCCGUCUCGUCCAAACGCAUCGACAUACCAGACGCCCUAUCCGCGGUCAUCUCCAAGAUGACGAUGAAGAAUAUAGAGGACAGGUACCACGCCACGUCUGGUCUCAAGUAUGAUCUGUUUCGUAUCCGCGACCUGUUAUCCGAGGGCGACGCCGCUGGUUUGGCCACUUUCCAGGUGGGCGCUAAGGAUAUCAGCUGCUUCUUCAAUCUCCCCUUAAAGAUGAUUGGCCGAGAGAAGGAGCGUAAAGCAAUUCUGGAUGUGAUUGAGUCUGCUGUCAAACGUCGACGCCACCCGGCCCAUUUUGAGAAACUGCUAAACGGUCUGAGCUCUGCGUCUUCACAUUCCGACGCCCGUCAGGAGUCGAUCGCUAUAGAUGAGAUCAUCUCGGACAGCACAAGUUCUAGGGGCUCCACUAGCCGAGAGAACAGUACUCCGAAUGCUCUUAGCGACGCCAAAUUGUCUGAAAAUGGUGGUCUCUCCGAAAGCUCCGUCGCAGAUCGCAUCAGCGACGCUCGACCCUCCCUGCCAAAGGGGCACCGCCUGUCGGGAGAGACUCGACCGUCAGCUUCAAGCAUUACGGAUUCUCUUUCGCGCCCUUCCACACACAGCAUCACUGACUCCGCCUUCUCUCGCUCAAAUCAGUCGGACGGCGCCUCGCUAUAUCGCGCCGUCACGAAAAACCAGGGUCUGAGCCGACUAAGGCGGCGCCGAUCGCGAUGCGAUGUGGUUGCUAUAGAGGGCGCAAUAGGAUUGGGCAAAUCUCGACUUGUGCAAAGUAUCCAAGGCGAAGCAAGGAGCCAUGGCUAUUUCGCUUGUGCACGAUUUGAGCCCGCUAAGAAGGCGCCUUUUGAUCCACUUCUCCGACUCAUGUCAUCGACUUUCCGACAGAUCUUCUCAGAGGCCGACGUCGGAACCGAGUUCCACAUCAUUUUGCGAAACUUCCUGAGGUCUACCGGUGUUUGGGAAGUCCUCCACUCGUACCUAGCACUCCCUGAGUGGCUCCUCGCAGACCAUAGCAUGCCUCAAACGCCUCACCUUCGAGAGACUGAGGCGGUCGACCAGUCCACCGAGCGCAAUCCCUCAUUCACAGUGAUAGGUCGUGAAGGGGGCGACACACCCGAUGCAUGGGUGAGAAGUGGCGGCGCUACCAAGUCGGCUAGUUUCAUGAACAUGUUCCUCGAGGUUGCACGCCUAUUAGCGACCCAGAAACUCUGUGUAUGGGCUCUUGAAGAUGUUCAAAAUGCCGACGCCGAAUCCUCCGAACUCAUUGAGAGAAUUGUCACCGCCAAAAUCCCUUUGGUUCUCGUGUUGACUUAUAGAGACGAGGGGACGCUCCCGGAGGAAUUGCGGUCUCUUCUUCCUGGAGCCACAAGAGUACAAUUGACGCCUUUCACCGAGGACCAGACGGCCGAGUAUGUAGCUGAGACCUUGCACCGAGAACCGGAGUACAUCUCACCUCUCGUCGCUGUCAUUCAGGAGAAAAGCCACGGAAACAUCUUCUACAUUCGUGAGAUCUUGGACGCCUGUUAUCGAAAACAGUGUGUGUUCUACUGUUGGCGAACAAACGCUUGGCGCUUCGAUUUGGACAAAGUGUUUGAAACUUUAGCAAGCCCAGAGUAUGGAUCGUCCGUCAACAACGAUUUCAUUACGAAGCGUCUCCAUGAGCUGCCGAGCGCUACUCAAAAGCUCCUAGCUUGGUGCUCAUUGCUCACUGGAACGAUUCGAUUUAGCUUCCUGAAGACUGUGCUCACCACCAAGUACGUGCCGGAAGAUACUCCUCGGGUGCCUCGUUUAAGUGGUUCUGAGGACGCUCUGACGGCACUUAAUGGUGCCCUUGGAGCGUACAUACUCAUGGCCGCCGACGAUGAUGACACCUUUCGAUUUGCUCAUGACAGGUAUCUUGGAGCAUCCUCCGAGUUGACCGCCGUGGAAUGGGACACGAAAUUGAUGCACUACAUCAUUGCGAAGACAAUGAUUGAAGGGGAAGCCUUCCAAGAUGACUUUGCUGCCGGGUCGAAAGCGCUCUAUACGCGCAGCCGUCACAUGUGCCUAGCUAUCGACCUUAUCAAGAUUAAAGAAUCCAUCCGGGCGCCUUUUCGGCGCGUGCUCUACCAGGCUGCUGAAACGGCAAUAGAGUCUGGAGCGAGGUCGACAGGCAUCUUCUAUUAUGCCCACUGUCUCUCCCUUUUGCAGGAGGAUCCUUGGGACGAAGGAAAGGAGGAUGUAUCCUACCAGGAGACACUGCAGCUCUUUAUGCGUGGCGCAGAGUCUUAUUUUCACCAGGGGAUGAUGGAUGAGGCACAAUCUCUGAUCCGGACAGUCUUUCAGAAAGCCAAAAGCGUGGAAGACAUGGCUGGUGCCUUUAUACUCCAGUCGCGCGUCCAUGCCGUUCGUGGAGAUAGCUUCGGGGCUUUCCAGAGCUUGAAGGAUUGUCUGUCCCUUCUAGGGUUGCCCUUGCCCCCAACCACGUGGGAAGAAUGCGAUAAGCGGUUUCAGGAGCUCUGCACGCGCAUUAAAACGAUGGAUAAGGAUCAGCUGCUAUCCCGGGCGCUACCCUCUGAUGACACUGUCAUCCGGACUAUUGGCCCAAUCUUUAUCGAACUUUCCUCCGCCGCUUUUUGGAGCAACAGUCUCUUGUUCUACCACGUUGCGCUUGAGAUUGUUGGCCUACACUUGGAUCGAGGCACUGUACCGCAAGUAUCCUUGGGUUAUGUCUAUUUCGGUGCCAUCGCAGCCGGACGUUUCAACAAUGUUGAGCUUGCAGUGGAAGCGGGAUCGAUAGCUAAACGGCUGCUCGACAUGUUCCCCGACGACCAUUACACAUUCGGCCGUGGGCUGACCCUACAGACGUUGUUCCUGGGUCACUUGGGUGCUCAUGUCUCGUCCCUUAUUCCGGAUCUCAGCGAUGCCAUGGAGUCCAGCGUUAUGGUUGGCGAUCGUAUCCUUUCUCUAUUAAACCUGGGCGUGACUGCACAUUUCAAGCAGAUGGCUUCACAUGACGUCGCUGAGCUGGAGGCUUGGAUUGAUGAUACACCCAUAGAAUUCAAGGACUGGCGGCAUGAUCUACGCGGUGGGGUUUUACUGACUGCUGCAAGGCAGUACGCUCGCGCCCUGCAAGGAAAGACCAACACAACGAAUGCCGACCAUAUAUUUGACGAUGAGGCUUUCAAUUCGGCCAGUUACCUUGACUUUUUGAGAACCGCAAGUAGCCCGAAACGUCCCAAAACAUUCUACCUGAGCUUCCAGCUACCCGUGCUACUCCUAUAUGGCCACAUAAAGGAGGCGAUCACGCUGGGGGAGCAGUUAAUACCCAUGAUUGGAAGUUUAUGGUGCCAAAGGCUCGUGCAAGCCGAUUAUUAUUAUCUGGCGCUGGCCUAUCUGAAUCAGCUGCGGGAGCAGCCUGAUCACCCGGAAAGUCAGCGCUACAUGGCCUUCGUGCGCGAAACCAUAACUCGAUUGGAGGCGUACUGCUUGGUUACCGAUAUCAACUACCGAGGCUGGAUACUUUUGCUCCAAGCAAUGCUAGCAGAGGCUACAAGUGACUACCCUGCAGCCUUACGAUUGUACGAGCAAGCUAUAGAUCAUAACGAGAUUCACGCAUUUGUCAUGGACGAGGCGUAUUGCUACGAGAUGUACGCAGAGUUUCUUCUUGCAAGAAAAGCGCUUCGCCCUGCAAGGCACAUCCUCAAAGACUGUUUAUCGAGCUACAGGCGCAUAUCUGCGUCUGGGAAAGCAGCCCAUCUAGCAACUAAGUACGAAUGGGUUCUUCGCGGCACGGGGUCUUCUACGGUUAUGGAUGCUGCAGUGCAAACGAACCUUAUUGACACGGGCAACACGGAGUACCGACUUGAGCAAAAUGAGGAGCGUGAAGAGCAGCUUCAUGGGGGUGCCGAGUCUGCGGCAGACCGCACAAACGCUUGGAUAGCUCCAGGUUCAGUCCCCACGUCCAGCCCAGAGGCAGCUACGCAUCAGGACAUUGGAAACACGUUUUCGGUUGCCGUGGGACUCGACAUGUUAGAUUUGAGCUCAAUCCUGGAAUCAACGCAAGUGCUUUCGAGCGAACUGAAGGUCGACAAGCUCAUGGCGAAGAUGGCUGAGAUUAUUUUGAAUAGUCUAGGGGCCUCCGUCUGUGGCAUUGUCGUGGAGGAUAGUCAGAUCGACUGGAGCAUUGCGUGUAUAGCCACAACCGAUGACAAGAGCGGGUACUCGCCCGGAGUUACUUCUUUCCCAGGAGGCCAGGCGCUCGACACGGUCGAUGACGUGGUAGCGCGACAGGUCAUCCUCUACGUUCUACGUUUCCGCGAAACCGUGUUCGUGCAGAAUCUUCUUGAGGAUGACAGAUUCUCUAAUGUGUCUGAGUCGUACUUGAAGAGAAAUCCCCACGGCAAAGCAGUGAUUGGCAUCCCCAUUAUUCAUUCGGACAAUCUCAUCGGAGGCAUCUACGUGGAAGGAGAGCCCAACUCCUUCACGGAGCGGAAUACCAACGUUUUGCGGCUUCUCGUCAAUCAGAUCUCAAUCUCACUGGCCAACGCAUUGCUUUUCAAGGAGCUGGAGAAGGUGUCCGCUAGCAAUGAGGCCAUGCUGGAGAUGCAGAAGCGAGCUCUCGCUCAAGCCCGGGAUGCCGAGAUCAAGGCAAAGGAGGCGGAGGCCCAAGCAGUGCGCAACAUGAAACUAAAGGAGGAGGCUGCCAAGGCAAAGUCUCUGUUCCUUGCGAAUGUGUCCCAUGAGCUGCGCACUCCGCUCAACGGCGUGAUUGGCAUGUCUGAACUGCUCAAGGCAAGCCCGCUUACUCAAGAACAGGCAGGCUACGCGGACAGCAUUCGAGUUUGUGCCGACACCCUCCUCUCCAUCAUCAAUGACCUCUUGGAUUACUCAAAAUUGGAGGCUGGCAAGAUGAGUGUUAUUUCCAUGCCUUUGUCCCUGAGCGAAACGAUCACGGAGGUUGUCCGUGCGCUGGCCUACACGAACGCAGAACGUGGCUUGAAGACCAUUGAACAGCUUGAGUUGGAUCCUGAAUUGCUGGUCAUGGGCGACCCUGUGCGCCUUCAUCAGAUCUUGAUGAACCUCCUGUCCAACAGUUACAAAUUCACGCCAAAGGGAUCCGUGACGGUUCGCGCAGUGGUUGACAAGGAAGGGGACGACUGGAUCGAUGUCACCUGCAGCGUCAUUGACACGGGGAUUGGCAUCCCCGAAGAGCAGAUCAAGAAACUCUUCUUGCCAUUCAGUCAAAUUGAGUCGUCCAGUUCACGCAGCUAUGGCGGAACAGGGCUCGGACUCAGCAUCUGCAAAGCACUAAUCGAAAAUGUCAUGGGCGGCAAAAUCUGGUUGGAGAGUGUCGUUGGCGUUGGGACGACCGUCUCCUUCUCGCUUCGCUUCCAAAAGGUGCCCAAGUCGGAAGCGGCCAACCGACAGGUGGCUUCCAAAGAAGCGGAUCCCAUGGCGAAGUAUAGCUCCGAGAACGGUGGUCACGACACCUCGGGCGGUAGCUGUAUCGAUCUCACCAAGAUACCUCGUAAUGAGUUGCGGGUGUGCAUUGCCGAAGACAAUCUGAUCAAUCAGAGAAUCGCCAUCAGCUUUGUCCAGAAGCUUGGUUUCAAGUGCGACGCUUAUUCAGACGGCUACAAGACGAUUGAGGCGCUCGAGCGUGCGGUGCAUAGCGGGCGGCCCUUCCAUAUUGUCCUCAUGGACGUUCAAAUGCCGCAUUGCGACGGUUACAAGGCUACGCAGCUGAUCCGGCAGCACUCGGAACCAGCUAUCAGGAACGUGUGCGUAAUUGCCAUGACGGCCAGUGCCAUUGAAGGCGACCGCGAGAAGUGCUUAGCUUCAGGGAUGAACAAUUAUCUCGCAAAGCCAGUAAAGCCAAACACACUCAAAGCACUUCUCGAAUCGUACUUGACCAAACCUCCCGAAGAGCGUCCAGACCUAAAUAGGGACCCGACGACGACGGUGAGGAUCGAUACGGCGGACGGCAACUUGGAAGGCGGAGACCAUGCAAAUGGUCAGAGGCAGCGCGACGCCUCGCGACCACGGUCAAGGCGCAUGAAUACUUCCUGACGGAUAGGAGGCGCCCAUACCGCUUCCGGCAGCGUUGGCACGAUUUGAUUGCAACGCGGGGGACAUUUACCAUUCUUCUUCUACCAUGGCCCCCAAAGACUCUUUGGACCGACUUCACCCUAGGCAUUGCAUGGCGUUUUGAGGGCUAGUUGUUUUGCUCGCACCGCAUACUCAUGGGGUUUGGGCCUUUCAGUUUUCCGCUCAGGGUUGGCAUGGCUGCGUGUUCUCUUUUUCCCUUCGUGGUAUGCGGGCACUGGGGAUGUGCUGGUUGGGAACGGGAUUCUACCUACGGAUACCCUCUGCUGUUAUUAGAUAUGUGAUUUGCUUUUAUACAUAUAUAUAUCGUUUAUGAUUUAGUCGAUGAGCGGUGGAGAAGA